GAAAAAGUAAUACAAAUGGGGACUCAAGGCGACCAAUGUUUUCUGACUUCACCUUCGGACCUGGCCAUGUUACAUGAGAAAGGAUUCGUACUGGGCAAGCUAAUUGGAGAAGGGUCUUAUGCUAAAGUGUACAAAGCUGUUCAUAUGAUAGACGAGACCCACAACACGAUGUUGGCGUGUAAAGUGAUAGACACGUCGCGUGCGCCCCGCGAGUACCUCACCAAGUUCCUGCCGCGCGAGCUGGACAUCCUCAUCCGCCUCAACCACCCGCACAUCGUGCACGUAACGGACAUCUUCCAGCGCCGCUCCAGAUACUACAUAUUCCAGCGAUUCGCCGAAAACGGGGACCUGCUCAACUACCUAACAAGCAACGGUGCUGUGCCCGAAAACCAGAGCCGGCUCUGGAUGCGACAAAUUAGCUGCGGUCUCAGCUAUAUCCACACUUUAAACAUCGCACACAGAGAUCUCAAGUGCGAAAACAUAUUGAUCACAACAAAUUACAAUGUAAAAAUAACAGAUUUCGGAUUCGCGCGCGGAGUUCGCUGCAGGGAUCGGGACGUUUUAUCGGAGACAUUCUGCGGGUCGCUUUCGUACGCCGCGCCAGAAGUAUUAAAGGGAAUCCCGUAUCUACCUAAGCUGGCUGACAUGUGGUCCAUGGGGAUCAUUCUUUACACUAUGCUAAACCAAGCCCUACCAUUUAAUGAGACUUCUGCGAGAAAGUUGUAUGAGAAACAGGUGACGAAGAAGUGGCGGUUCCGCUCGAGUGUAGUGAACCAACUGUCAGAGGAGUGCAAGCGGCAAGUGACCCAGCUGAUGGAACCGGAGGCAAAUGCGCGGCCAACCGCCGACAGCCUUUUUAGCGGGCCCUGGAUCGGCAUGGACCCUCGCCUACUCAAGUUAACUUUAUUGGAACAGUCAUUACUCAAACAAGCUGUGGCAGCUGUCGAAAAACAUAUGAAGGAUUCCGAAGUGGAGAUGGAUACGGACCGCAUCGCGGAAAUCCGCUGCAAGACCCGGGGAAAAGGCGAGUGUAAAAUAAUUGUUAAAAUUAGUUAA